AUGGCAUCUCCUUUGCUCGCGAAGGUUGGUACGUGCAUUGUACAUUCUGCUUUGGGCUCGCAAACAUGUACUUUGGACUCAUUCUGGCGAGAUCAAACAUGUAUUAUUACAUUCUUUCGUCGUUUGGGAUGUAAAUUUUGCCGACUAGAAGCUAAAAAUUUGAGUCAUUUAAAACCUGCUUUGGAUGCACGCAAUAUUAAAUUAAUGGGAAUUACAUUCGAUGAAGGUGGUGUAAAAGAAUUUGUAGAUGGACACUAUUUUGAUGGAGAUCUUUAUUUAGAUCCUGAACGUAAGACAUAUAAAGCUUUAGAAUAUAAAAAGGUCUCCGCCUGUUCUGGUUUCUGUUCUUUACUGACGAAAGCUGGCCGUUCUUUAAAUUCAAAGGCAAAGGCUGCUAAUAUACCUGGUAAUAUGACUGGCGAUGGUUGGCAAACUGGUGGACUUCUUGUGGUUGAAAAAGGUGGUAAAGUUCUCUAUCAUUUUGAACAGAAAGAAGUUGUAAAUCAUCCUGAUUAUAAGCAAAUUAUUGAUGUUUUGAAAAUUAAUCCUAAAGAUGUACCAGAAUUUGCUACUGUUUUAUCACAAGAAUGUGAUGAUGCUUGUAAAAUGUGA